UAUAUGUAUUUAUAUAUUUAUUUAUCUAUUUGUUUGUUUAUUUAUUUAUUUCUCUUCUGAGCCACUUUUAACUAGUGAUUUGGUCAUUUUCAGUCCUUCAUAAGUCGCAUGUCUUGCUGCUCUCGUGCAGCUCUGCUCUCAGCUCAGCAGUCAGUUUGAACUCUUGCUGUCUCUGUGUUCAGUGUUAAAGAAGAUGACCUCAACAGUCUGAACGUUUGGUUGUAUACAAGAGAGGCUCUUUGUUUUCUAAAUUUAAAUCAGUGAUAUCACUCACGCUCUGACUUUACUUUUUUCCCGUAGUUGUUUUCACCCCAAAUCAGAAACAAACAUGUGAACUUCCCGUUUUUCGUUCGACCGACGAGGAAAUUUCAGAUGACGUUUCAGUUUUCUUUUUAUGAGUGCUGCAGGCCGGCGGAGGGAAUCCCCCCUCCCUCCCGGCAGCAGAUAUAAAGUCGCCAUCAGAUAAGACGGCAGAGACACAAAGUGCCACUGACUCAACAGACACAUCCAGCAGAGAUAUCCAUCUGAUCAGAGAGAUGACAAUCUGUAAUCUGUACUUCUCCAGCUGCGUGCUGCUGCUGCUCACCUCCAGCUGGCGCGCAGCCUCGGGACUCCCGCUGCGCACUCUGAGCCCGGAGAGGUGCGAGCAGUGCUCGUCUCUGUUCAGGAGCCUCCUGCUCAACAUCUCAGGGCUGCCCGACAACGAGGGUCUGUGUUAUGGCAUCACCUCUAGUAAAGCGGUGGUGAAGAGCAGCGCAGAGACAGUUCUGGCCUGCGCACCCACUCAGAGCUCAGGCUGCAUGAUGCAGAGAAACUCAUCCUUCAGCGAGAGCGAAUGUAUGAGGAACAUCAUGAAGGACCUGGCCCACUACGAUGCCGUGAUCCAGUCCUACCUCAGGAUCACUCCAGUUCCACUUCUGAACCCAACUCUGGGGAUUAUCCAGGACCUGAGGAAGACAUGCUCCCCGAUGGCGGAUGGAGACAGCGACUCCUCUGAGCAGGACGUGGCGCAGAUGUGGGGGAACGACAGCUUCAUCAACAGGCAGGAGAUGUGUAAGAUGAUGCGAGGCUUCUACGCCCGCCUCAUCACCAUCAACCGGGCUAUGGGCUACAUCUCCUCGGGAGACCACAGGAUGUAAACGGCCCGUCAUCAUCAUCACCAUCAUUCCAAUUAACUAAAAAGAUUUUUUUCAUGUCCUUUAACUUACCGCAGCUGAACUUCAAGGCAAGGGCCUUUACUGAUCAUUCACUACCAUCGCCUACUACUACUAACCAAGUCGAUCUUUACACUGCACAUGCCGCACAACUGCCGGCAUGACUGCUGCUCAGGCAUAAGCUCUCCGGCCUCUCCACUGGAGUUAGAGCAGUGGAGACCAUGAUGGCCCAUUAUUUUUAUCUAUUAAUGUAUUCCAAUAUUUGGGGGAAUGUAUCUAUUUAUUUUUUGAGAACUAUUUAUUAUAACUAUUUAUUUAUUUAUGUGAUGGCCUGUGAUGUUAUUUAUAUUGUUAUUUAUAAUAAAGUAUAUUUGUGGUAUCAA